UCCUGCUCGCGUAUCGACGAGCGAGGGCGAAACGUUUUCCCGACGCGGCGCGCGCCGUUUGCCUCCCUCGGUGAUGUGACACCCGGUGGUGGUCGAGCGUAAACGGUGCGGCAGCAGCGUGAGAAAAGCCGAACGAAGGAGAGGACAAAAAUGAGGUCGAGCGUUUGCCUGCCGCUUCUGCUGCUGGUGGCCGCGGCGAGCGCGAGGAUCCACAAGCUGGACAUACGGAAAGACGGAAGGCACUACAUCACCUUGAGCACAUUCGGCUUCUACAAGGGCGGCAUCCUGACCGUGAAUCUCACGAACUUCAAGUUCGAGCCGACGGACGCCGACAAAAAGACACCGGAAACCGCGAGCAAGGCCGUGUUUGGAUUUAGCUUGGGUCGAACGCUCAUCGAUGCCAUUAAUCCAUAUGUGCACAAUCAUCUGGACAGAUGUUUGCUGCAAAAUGUUUCCAAUCUCAAGACAGAGCAGAAGGAUGACAGCUCGAUCAUCUACUUUACCAUGGACUUGAAGAAUUUAACAAUGCAGGUGAACUGCAGUAGCAACGUAUACGCGGCGCACAUCUACAGGGAUCCCAGCGCGGUGUUAAUGUAUCGAACAAAGAGGAGUUCGCUGUCAGCGAGAUUCAGCGAUACCGCGCUCUUCCCACGGAGAAAACGGAACACGUCGCACGUGCUCGAGAAGGCCGUCGGUCGCGGCAAUGACGGGUCCGGGUCGGACAGCAACGCGUGCUCUCGUCUGAGAUUACCGAUGACGAUGGAGACGAUGCCCAAGGGCGAGAGAUUGUACAACACGAGCCUCGUCAUGUACGUCGCCAGCGAGGAAGAGGAGGGCCUGUACAAUCUCUAUUUUCACAACUGUCAGAAUUAUGAUAAUAACAAGGAACCGCUGCUCGUGGAUUUCACGGUGGAAAUAGCGGAGAUUAAUAACGACAACUUCCUCAGCGCCGGCGAAAUGCCACUGCCGGCUCUGUAUUUCACGAUGGCGCUACUCUUCUUCUUGUCGGGCUGCUUCUGGGUAUUUAUUCUUAAUAAAAGCAAGCAUUCUGUAUUCAAAAUCCACUACUUAAUGGCUGUGCUGGUGUACCUGAAGUCCUUCUCACUGUUGUUCCACGGUAUAAAUUACCACUUCAUCCAGACCAAGGGUGAGCACGUCGAGGCGUGGGCGAUUUUGUACUAUAUUACACAUCUUCUGAAAGGCGCUGUUCUUUUCAUCACUAUUGUGCUCAUUGGCACGGGCUGGAACUUUAUAAAGCACAUUCUUUCGGACAAGGAAAAGAAACUCUUCAUGCUGGUCAUACCAUUACAAGUGUUGGCAAAUGUGGCUGAGAUAAUAAUCGAGGAAAGCGACGUGGGUAAUUUGCGACGCGAGACCUCGCGGGACAUGUUCAUACUUGUCGAUUUGGUGUGUUGUGGCGCAAUUCUAUUUCCGGUGGUGUGGAGCAUCAGGCAUUUAGAAGAGGUCGCCCGCACAAACGAUAAAGCGGCGAUGAACUUGCGCAAGCUCGUGCUAUUUAAGCAUUUCUAUAUUAUGAUAGUCUUCUACAUAUACUUCACCCGUAUUAUAAUGUACAUACUUAAGAUUACAGUGCGCUUUGACUAUCAAUGGCUGGAUGAAACGUUCCGAGAGAUGGCAACCUAUACAUUCUUCGUUCUAACAGGCUACAAAUUCCGACCAGCGUCCGCAACCACGUAUUUUACAGUACCGAGCGACGAAGUAGAGCCAGACGACGAGGACGACAAGACCGACGUCGUUAUUUCCGGUGGUAACGGAAUCAACAGGGAUUUCAGUACAGUGAGUAAAACUCCAAGAGCGGUGAGGUCUGCGACUUCAAAAGUCCCGUCUACUGAGGAGGAGCGGCACGCUCUUUUCCAAAAGUCCUCUCGCGAGUACGACUGAGGAUAAAUCGUGAUAGACCACAUCAUGCGACGAAUGCGCCUAUGAUUUGCGAAUCUCAAGGCUAUAUUUUGGAUUGAAGGGACGAACGAAAGCGCGGCGAAACAAGGGUGAACUGAAUGUAAAAAUAGAGAGAGAGAGAGAAAGUGAGUGUGUGUGUAUGUGUUUUUCCUAUUCUCAAAUUUAUUUUAUAUUUUUCAGAGGAGAAAGGAGAAAAAAUAAAAUAUUUUGUAUAUGUGCCCGCAAAUGUACUAGGUUGUUCAAAUAGGUGAACAAGAAGUAGGAGUGAGCAAAAGAUAUGAUUAAUUGCUGCACAACGCAUUACUAUUAAAUUUUUAGUGAAAGAAAAUGCAAAAUCUUACCGAAAUUGAUGAAAGACUUAAAAAAUAGUUCACAAAUGAUUGUUUUUCAAAAACCCAGGGUAUCUAAAUUGUGUAAAAUAUAUUUAAAUAGAGGACGCAGUAAAAAUAAACCACAUACUGGCCGCUGUACUUGCGAAUGUUACUCAACGAUAAUAGUGUGUGAAUCGCGUUAAUGAUUUAUUCAGACAAUACACGGGACAAUACACGUAUAAUGGUUCGCAACAUUCAAAAUAUUUUACAAAUUAGUUUUGGCAGUAUCGAAUCCAUUAUUCGUGACAACUUAAAAUUCAGGAAACGUUCGACUAUACACGGCUAAAAAAGUAUCACUAAUUUGAAAUGGGCUUUACUUCUUCACUCUUUAUUAUUAAAAUUUAGCUAGUGAUUUUCAUCUGUUUUUAAAGCUCGAAACAGACUUAAGUGAUCAAUGAUUCAAAAAUAAUGUCGAAAUUAUUAAAAACAAAAUUGAAUCCAUAUCCAGCCAGAAAAUUUUUUUAAAAAAGAUAUAAAAAAUUUCCACAAAUUUGAGAAAAAUAUCUCGGACUCCAGGGUAAAUACGUGAACUAAAAGGUAUAUUAUUUCCCCGAAUAAAAGCUCUUCGCACUAUUAAAAACAAAUCAGUCUCAUUUAUAUUUGAACAAUCUAAUAUGUAUACCAGUGUGUUGCAUACGCGAUGAGUAAUCGUGUUUACUUAUUCACAAUCAAGAUGCUUCACAUUUCGGUUUAACUUUGAUUAUGCAUCUCACUGAACUGCGGAUUUCUUGAUUCUCUUCCGCUUUCGUUGUCCAGCAUUCAAUCCAACAUUAGUGAGACAUUUCUCGUUUAGCUCUUCUUUUCUUUUUACAAUUAGUGAGAUAUUCGAUUAGGGUAACUGCUCAUCUUAACGUUCCACAAUAUUACGCAAUGUUACAAUUCUAACGUGAAAAAUGCGAGCGACGAUGCGAGCGCUUUUUCGACGCGCCUUUUGUAGUCGGUUUUCCGUAGGCAUUUAGAGAAACAUUUCCAUUUUUUUUCCCAUGACAGACGCGCUGAACACUUUCCUGGUACGAGAAUCACAUCUCGCGCACGAUGCGGAUACUUUUGUAUCGCGAUUCGUAAUUUUACUUUUAGACAAGCGACCGAAUUAAACGGUACAAUAAACUUAUCUAACAAUAUGUGUCCUCGCGAUAUUAUGCGAUACUAUUGUACUAGAAUUAAUAUAACCGUCAGUGGCGGAUCUAUUGGUACAAUAAUGAAGCUUAAGGAUUUCUAUAUAAUAAUAAGGGUAUCAAAAGAUUUCUACCACACAGGAAUGUGCCGAAACGUAUUGUUUCUUAAGUCAUGAUACGUUUUCAAUUUCCUUUUCAGUUUUGUUUAUAUUAAUUAUUUUGUUAAAUACCAAUCAGUUGUCUUAAUUACAAAUAGAGCUCAAACUAUAAUAUGGACGGACCUUCUUCGUCGAAGAAGAAGAAACUCUGCAAAGAUAUAGGAGGUUCCUCAGAAGAAGCUUCUCUGUCUACAACCUCCCCGAAAAAAUCCCAAGACAAAUUAUCCCCAAGAUAUUCGGGAAGUUCUUCUCAAGAACAAACUCCCCCAACAGGAACCUCUAGAACAGACCUCCGAAUUAUAUAUAUAUAGAUCUGUAAAUUUGUUAUAUAUUUGUAAGUCGAAUUUUCUUUGAGGCGAGAUCUCUGUAGGAAUGUUAAUCUUUUAGAAACGUCAGAAAACGUCCGCUGGAAAUAUAGAUCCGCGAUUGACACUAUGGUACUUACUAUUACUACAUACAUUGUACACACACACAUUGUCGUUACAUUCAGGGUCAUGUCUACCUAUAAAAACUAGCUGAAAUUCCAAAAGACGUUGCCCCAUGGAAGGUAAACACGGCCUUGGUUACAUCUGUUACUAUAACUGUGUCGUAUAUAUCGAAUGGGACACGAAGAGAGUUGAAAGAAUAAAGCGGAUAUUUUUAUGAA